GCAAAAAAUGAAAAAAGUUCCUAUUUUCGAUAUCUUAAUAACUCAGAUGGUACGCCGAAAUCAAAAUCCCUAUGGCUGAGUUGCCUAACUACAAAGCAACGUUGGAUUCGUUGAUUUCCUAAAGCUUUAGUUUUUUUUCUAAUUUGUAGUCGGUGACUCACUCGCUGCGAACCACUUCAAGCCGUCAUUUUUCAAUCUCCGGUGCAUCUUCUAUUCUUCAAUUCCAUUUCUGUUUAUGAUUCCCUCUGUUUCCGUCUCAAAAUCUGAGAGGUUCAAGGCUCUAACCAUUUCUUACUAUAGGGCACCAAAAGAAAUCAUUCUAGAGUCUGUUAGUCAAGGAUCUCACCAUGCAAACAACAUCGUAUAGUCAUCCUUUAAUCUGUUUCUCUUGCAGAAACAUCAGUGCAAAUGGGAAGAAUAAAUAUAAGGUGAAAUUCUGUGCACCGUUUCCCUCUCAAUGGGAUCGGAAAUGUGAAUUCAAUGGGAGACCUCAAAUUUAUAAUUCUCCUGGCCCCAUAAAACCAAAAAGAUUGUUUGUGCUUCAUAACACAGAUGACAGCCAUCCAUCUGCUUCUACGGUAGGUGAUGAAAUGAACACAAACCAUGCUCCAAAUGGCUCAUCACCAGCAUUUCUCAGCAAUUGGUCACCUCCAAGGUAUCUGUGGAGGGGGUUAUCAGUUUUAAUCCUGGCAGGGCAGGUGAUUGUCAAAACUCUAAAGGGAAAGAUUCAUUGGAGGAACACUCUUCAACAACUGGAGAGAGUUGGUCCAAGAUCAGUUGGGGUGUGUCUUUUAACUUCGGCUUUUGUGGGCAUGGCCUUCACAAUUCAAUUUGUAAGAGAGUUCACAAGGUUAGGAUUGAACAGGUCUGUAGGUGGGGUUUUAGCUCUGGCUUUCUCAAGGGAGUUAAGUCCUGUGGUUACAGCAAUUGUGGUUGCAGGGCGCAUUGGAAGUGCUUUUGCAGCAGAGUUAGGAACUAUGCAGGUUUCUGAGCAAACUGAUACAUUGAGAGUUCUUGGUUCAGACCCUGUUGAUUACCUGGUGACACCAAGAGUGAUAGCCACUUGUAUUGCCCUACCUCUUUUGACCCUAUUGUGUUUUACAUUAGGGUUGGCAUCUAGUGCCAUUCUUGCUGAUGGUGUUUAUGGGGUGAGCAUCAACAUUAUCCUGGAUUCAGCUCAGCGGGCUCUCAGAUCAUGGGAUAUUAUUAGUGCAAUGAUCAAGUCACAGGUUUUUGGUGCUAUCAUAUCUAUUGUGAGUUGUGCGUGGGGAGUUACAACUUUGGGAGGUGCUAAAGGUGUUGGGGAAUCAACAACGUCAGCUGUGGUUAUUUCUCUAGUAGGCAUCUUCAUCGCCGAUUUUGCUCUUUCUUGUUGUUUCUUCCAAGGAGCAGGAGAUCAGCUAAAGAAUUGCAUUUAGGCAACUAAUGUUGUCUCUGCAAUUUGGUUUUUCUCUUUUGUACAAAGUGAAUGGUAUGACUUUUCUAUAAAAGGUGUGAUAAAAUUUUUAGAAUUUGAA